CCUUCUGCUCACUGGACGCCUGCGCUCGCCUGCAGACACGUUCAGAUUCUCCUCAGCAGCUGAUGAAGAAGCUCGUCAGGCCUCUGCUCAUCGUCCAUUAACUUCUGUUUGAGCAGAUAAACAUCGUUUCUCUUCUUCUCUUUCUGGAUUCGUCCUCAGGAAGUUUCCUCUCGGAGCGUUUGGAUCCAACCGGAGCGAUGGGCCCUCGCACGGCAGUCACUGCUUCCAAGGAGGUGAAGGUGUUGAUGGGAGGAGCCCGGCUGAGGAGCAGCAGUGAUGGGAGCAGGUACAGCAGGAGAGAGCUCGGCCUCAACAACUCUUCAUCCUCGUCUUCAGUCCUCUCCAGCCCCAAGUCAGUUCUGCAGAGGCCGGUGAGCACGGAGGAGCUGCAGCAGCCGGGAGGUCCGUACGUCAGGAGAACCUUCACUAUUGUGGGUGACGCUGUGGGUUGGGGGUUUGUGGUGAGAGGAAACAGACCCUGUCACAUCCAGGCUGUGGAGCCCUGUGGCCCAGCGGCCGCUGCAGGGAUGAAGGUGCGUCAGUUCGUGGUGUCGGUCAACGGGCACAGCGUCCUGGACCUGGACUACCGCAGCGUCAGCCACCUGAUCCUGACCGGCCCCCGGACGGUGGUGAUGGAGGUGAUGGAGGAGACCGACCACUGAGGAGGGACAGAACUCUGAGAGUGAGACGGUUUGUGAGGCGUCCGGACUUUGAUGAAGUCACCGCAUCUACACCUGGCACAGGAAUGUGCUCCUGGUAAUCAGAUUACCUCUUGAGGGCGUCAGAGAGGAAUUGAGACACAAAAAACACAAGUGGAAAUAAAGUUGUGUUGUUGGGAUGAAAUACAUCAUUGUGUGAGGCAGCUAGCAGCUAGCAGCUAGCAGCUAGUUAACAUGGCGGAGGCGGGGUUUGUGACCUGUACUGCAGCUGGCCACCAGGGGGGGGGCAGUUUGGCUUCACUUAUGGGAGCCUUUAAGUCGUCCAUCUUUAUUUAAAGUUAAUGAACCAGUUUAACGUUGGAGGUGAAAAAAGAAGGUUUGUGACUUUGUGAAUCUCUUUGUAACGAGAUUAAACGUUAAACUGACGUUUGUCUCAUCCAACGACGACUUCGACGAUUUAAAAUAAUAAGAAUAAACCGGUUUGUUUACUUGUUUAUUCUAAACAAGCUUAAAGCUCUUUUUUAUGUUUGAAAAGGUUUUUUCAAUUUUUAAGUCUAUUUGACAGAUUUUACGUUUCUAAAAUACUCUGUACAUGAUUCACAAGGUGUAAAUAUUCGUGAUGAGAAACUGUAAAAUAAUUAUUAUUGUAUGAUAUUUAUUUUGAAAAUUGCUUAUUUUGUUUUAAUUGUGUCAUGUUGUAAACGGACUCUAGAGGGCGACAUGUUGUCGACAUCACUCCAACAGCUGGUGUUUCCUUCAAUGCAACGCUUUGGACUUUUAACCUCAUCUGACCACUCAUCCACACACACACACACACACACACACACACACACACACACACACACAUCCCCCCCCCCACCCACCCACACACACCUCCAGCCCCUCCCUCAUCUGUGUUUACUUUUCCAUCCACUUCCCAUGAUGCUUGAUUCCCAGAAAGGAAGUGAGGAGUGAGACGACGUGUGAAGAAGAGCAACAACAAACUCAAGUGCUUUGUUUUCAACUCUCUUUUGUAUUUGUCGAUCUGUUUUUACUUGUGUAGUCGUCCCUCAGCUCCAGAUUCAGUAACGAUGACAUUCUGCAGGUUGCGUGCUACAGUGUGUUACUCUCUGCAGGUUGUGUGUUACUGUGUGUUACUCUCUGCAGGUUGUGUGUUACUCUCUGCAGGUUGUGUGUUACUGUGUGUUACUCUCUGCAGGUUGUGUGUUACUGUGUGUUACUCUCUGCAGGUUGCGUGCUACAGUGUGUUACUCUCUGCAGGUUGUGUGUUCCUGUGUGUUACUCUCUGCAGGUUGUGUGUUACUCUCUGCAGGUUGUGUGUUACUCUCUGCAGGUUGUGUGCUACUGUGUGUUACUCUCUGCAGGUUGCGUGUUACUGUGUGUUACUCUCUGCAGGUUGUGUGUUCCUGUAUGUUACUCUCUGCAGGUUGUGUGUUACUCUCUGCAGGUUGUGUGUUACUGUGUGUUACUCUCUGCAGGUUGUGUGUUCCUGUGUGUUACUCUCUGCAAGUUGUGUGUUCCUGUAUGUUACUCUCUGCAGGUUGUGUGUUACUCUCUGCAGGUUGUGUGUUACUGUGUGUUACUCUCUGCAGGUUGUGUGUUACUGUGUGUUACUCUCUGCAGGUUGUGUGUUACUGUGUGUUACUCUCUGCAGGUUGUGUGUUACUGUGUGUUACUCUCUGCAGGUUGUGUGUUACUGUGUGUUACUCUCUGCAGGUUGUGUGUUACUGUGUGUUACUCUCUGCAGGUUGUGUGCUACUGUGUGUUACUCUCUGCAGGUUGUGUGUUACUGUGUGUUGCUCUCUGCAGGUUGUGUGUUCCUGUGUGUUACUCUCUGCAAGUUGUGUGUUCCUGUAUGUUACUCUCUGCAGGUUGUGUGUUACUCUCUGCAGGUUGUGUGUUACUGUGUGUUACUCUCUGCAGGUUGUGUGUUACUGUGUGUUACUCUCUGCAGGUUGUGUGUUACUGUGUGUUACUCUCUGCAGGUUGUGUGUUACUGUGUGAUAUUGUUUGAAACACUGAAACCUGCAGAUUUUAUGAGGAAACUAAAUAUCAUCACAGAAUGACACGAUGAGAAAAGACUAUUAAGGCUCGUUCAUUCUGUUUGGAGAUAUGACACUGCCCCCCCCCCCCCCCCGUGGUUCACAGUGGUACUUCCCAUUUUCAUGUUUAUCGUCCAUAUCCGUUAACGCAGAGGACCGAGACUCGAUUGGUUUCUGACGUUGAGCAUAAAUCGAUAUUAAGAUAUAUGUCUGAGGCUCACUAAUCUUUUUUCAUAUCUUUAGAUUUUUCACCUGAAAAUGUUUGUAUUUGCUUAAAGAUGCAUUUCUCAUGUGAAUAAGAAAUAAAAUAAAAUAACAUCUGACAAA